ACUAUUUGCUUUUCAACAUCUCUGCUCCUAUUUACAUUGUUUUCCACUUCACUUUAUUUCUGGAUUCACUUUAUUUUUCAUAUCACAUUUUUAAUUACCCUUAUUGUUUCUCUGAACCGAAUUCGACUAGUCUUUGCCCUAACUUUUGCGAGGUUAAUUAGUGCAGAGAGUGGUUUUACUGUAUUUUGCCUUAAUCUGUAUGUUUCCACGAAGCGAGCUGGCAACAGAUCAAUAAAGUAGCUGAAGCUUCUCAAUUAAUCAAAUUGCUCUAGAUCCUGUAGUUCAGCGGUGAUCUUCGCCAAGUUAAUUAAUCUUGAGUAUUAGGAGUACUAUUUGAGAUAAAUUAGAUUAAAUGAUGCAGGAUGGCUCCACUCCUUGUUUAAAUUUCUAUGACCUUUCCUUUGAGCUACGAACAUGGACUGUGAUGAUUCAUUGCAUAGAACUUCACCUUUGGGAUCUUAAGGAGUUACCAUAAGUUUAAAAUAGAUUUUAAGCCAUGAAACAGAAGUUAGAUAGAACUGAUAAUCCAAAGAAGACUCAACACCUACUCGAACUUGAUGGGGCAAAGGAGAGACUUAAUUUGAUUAAAGCAGAUCUUCUGGAAGAAGGCUCAUUUGAUGCUGUAGUUGACGGAUGCGAUGGUGUUUUUCAUACUGCAUCCCCAUUUUUCAUUGGAACCAAUGAUCCACAGGCAGAUUUGAUUGAUCCUGCAUUAAAAGGGACACUCAAUGUGCUUGGAUCAUGUGCAAGGACACCAUCCAUCAAAAGGGUUGUUUUAACAUCUUCCAUAGCUGCAGUUUUUGCCAAUGGCAGACCUCGAACACCUGAAGUUGUAGUUGAUGAGACUUGGUGGUCUGACCCAGACUUUUGCAAAACGAUGCAGCAAUGGUAUAUGCUUUCAAAGACAUUGGCCGAAGAUGCUGCAUGGAAAUUUGUGAAAGAGAAAGGUAUCGACAUGGUUGCAAUAAACCCUUCUAUGGUAAUCGGUCCGCUCCUGCAGCCAACUCUCAACACAAGUUCUACUUCAAUUUUAAACUUGAUAAAUGGUGCGGAAACGUAUCAAAAUGCCGUAGUUGGAUGGGUGGAUGUACGAGAUGUUGCCAACGCGCACAUUUUGGCUUUCGAGGACCCUGCAGCUAAUGGAAGAUACUGCACAGUGGGGAGAGUUGCACACUACUCAGAAUUGGUGAAGAUAUUACAAGAACUCGAUCCUACUUUGCAUCUUCCUGAAAAGCGUGCGGAUGACAAGCCUUUGAUGCCUACAUAUCAGGUUUCGAAGGAAAGAGCAAAAAGCCUAGGCGUUGAGUUCACCCCUCUUGAAGAAACCCUCAAGCUAACUGUUGAAAGCUUGAAGGAGAAGGGCUUCUUUAAACCUGCCUAAAAUGUGCACUUACUAAAAAAGAGACUGACAAUUGUGCUUGUCUACAAUCUACACUGCCUUAAUUGUGUGAUGAAUUUAGUCUGGUACUAGUGAAGUCGCAGUCUCAUGUAUGUACAAAUGUUUUUCUCUUUCUUUAUUUGUGGAGUGGCUUGUGAAUUUAUACAUUUGAUCCUUCUUACGAUUGGCUAAAGAAUUGUUUCUGUAAAA